AUGUCGAUUGGACACAUGGUUGAAGUGUCCGAGGAAGCAAACGAGUUCCAAACGUACUACGUGCCCCAUCAUGCUGUUUUCAAACCAGACAGCACUACAACAAAACUGCGUGUCGUUUUUGAUGCCUCGUGUGCCACGUCUACUGGUGUUUCCCUCAAUAAUGCCCUGAUGGUCGGUCCUGUUGUCCAGGAGGACUUAUUUAACAUAAUUCUGCGAUUUCGGGGACAUAUGUUUGCGGUAGUGGCAGAUGUUGCCAAAAUAUACAGGAUGGUAGAUAUGCAACAAGCAGAUCAAGAUCUACAAAGAGUUCUGUGGCGAGAUUCACCAAACGAACCAUUAAGAAGUUAUAGGCUGACCACGGUAACCUACGGAACUGCAUUGGCACCGUAUUUAGCGACGAAAUGUCUGCAAACGUUAGCAGCAACCGGAAACCGCUCUUAUCCAGUAGGGGCAAAAACUGUCGAGAAAGACUUUUAUGUUGACGAUAUGUUGUCCGGUGCCGAGUCAAUCGAAAAGGCGCAAGAAUUGAUAUCGGAAACGAGUGAGCUGAUGAGUUCUGCAGGAUUUCUUCUGAGAAAGUGGAGAAGCAACCAAGAGAUGGUUUUGGAAAAUGUUCCUUCCCAUUUACGAGACAACGACGGCACGAAAGAGUUGGAUUCGUCAAGUGCAUCAGUAAAAACUUUGGGAUUGUUAUGGGAACCAACCAGUGACAAUUUUCGUUUCAAUAUGCCAAAAUGGAGCAGCGGUUCAAUUAUAACUAAGCGAAGUGUGCUAUCGGAUACCGCUCGCAUCGUCGAUCCACUAGGUUUGGUGGGGCCAGUAAUAAUUCUCGCUAAGGUAUUCCUGCAAGAGGUGUGGAAAGAGCAAAUUGAAUGGGAUGAUCCAUUAUCACCCAAGCUGCAGGAAUACUGGCUGGAGUUCAGGAGAAAUAUGAUUAGUCUUGAAUCCAUCACUGUACCGCGAUGGAUUGGUUCUGGCCCGAAAUGCUUAGAGGUUGAGCUGUACGGAUUUUGCGACGCUUCUGAAAAGGCAUACGGAGCAUGUUUCUACACGAGUCAACAGGGAAACAGGACAACCGGAUUCAUCUCCCAUGCAGAAUCGGAAGAAGCUCUAAUGGAAUUGAUAACACUGGUGCAGAACGAAUGUUUUCCUUCAGAGAUGGCGAUUCUUAAGAAAGGAGGUCAGGUGGUUGAUUUCUCCCGCCUCAUCGGAAAAAAACCCUGCGUUGAUUAA